AUUAGUGAACAGUCGCUUGGUUAUAUUUAAAAGACAGUCGGUUUGAAUUUCCAAAUAAUUGUGUAAUUUCACUUUCUGUUAUGUCAGAAAAAUUGUGGAAAUAAUUUUUCAGUUCUGACUAUGAUCAAGUGGCUGUUUAUAAUUUUGAAUUUCAAAAUCGAGAAUGUGAUUCAUGAUGUUUUAAUUUAAAGUCAGGCUUUUCCUUGUUGAGUUUUAUUGAGUCAUUUAUCUUUUCAGUAGAAAAGAAAAAAGUUUUUUAUGCAAAAAAUAAAUGACUCAAAAGGCUUCAUGAGGAAAUGAAUUUAUAUUCAGACAUCAUGUUUGAUGAAAAAUUAAAAUGGGAUAACCCCGUUGAAAAAAUAUUGACCGACUCCAUUCUGAAUAUGAUGAGGAGGAAAUAACUUGUAAAUAAAAAUGAGAUAUUUAAAUAAAUUUUGAAGAAAUUCGUUUAGCAACUGAGUCCGACUGAAAUUUCUAGGGCAUACACCCGUAGAUUUGAAGCUGUUGAUUUUCUUUUUAUAUUUUGUUGUUAAAUGAAUUUUUGCAAUUUUUAUUUAAAUAUUCACAAUUUUAUGUUAAUUUUUUCGGUCAACCUUUUACCAUUCUUUCAACAUGGUUAAGCCUGGUUUCAAUUUUUCAUCUCUGUGAAAUCAAACUCGAGUUUAACUUUCAAUCACAUAUUAUACAAACCUUUGUGGAAAACCAAAUAAUCUGUAAACUUUUGCUUUCCAAUGUUCAAUUGUCGUCAUUGAUUUUUGUGUCCACUUAAAAUUUAAAAACUAUUAGACCAAAUACUUCCAAGUUAAGAAAUUUCCAGCAAAUCUCAUAAACAGUACCAAAGAUUUUCUCCUCACACAUUUUUAAAUUUUUUUCCAAAUUCACUAAAACAUCUUGACAUAAAUCCCAGAUUUUUAAAUAUUUUUCAUUUUCUCGCUCAUAUAUGCGCCCUGUGCGUGGCCAACGCCAAACUCCCAGAACACUGAUCCUCGCAACAGCUACUCAUAACAGUUAAUUUUUAGCGGAGAAUACACGAAGGCCAUGAACAAGGACUGGCAUUCCAGCCAUUUCUGCUGCUGGCAGUGUGACGAAUCCCUCACUGGACACCGAUACGUCUUAAGGGAUGACCACCCUUACUGCAUCACGUGCUACGAGUCUGUCUUUGCAAAUCAGUGUGAAGAGUGCAACAAGACUAUUGGCAUCGACUCUAAGGAUCUUUCCUACAAAGACAAGCACUGGCAUGAGGCUUGUUUCCUGUGCAGCAAGUGCCGCGUGUCUUUGGUGGACAAACAAUUUGGGGCUAAAGCAGACAAAAUCUACUGUGGAAACUGUUAUGACACGCAAUUUGCAUCUCGUUGCGAUGGGUGCGGCGAAAUCUUCCGAGCAGGCACAAAGAAGAUGGAAUACAAAACUCGCCAGUGGCAUGAGAAGUGCUUCUGUUGCUGCGUGUGCAGCACUCCCAUUGGCACCAAGUCAUUUAUUCCAAGGGAGCAAGAAAUCUAUUGUGCUGGCUGCUACGAAGACAAGUUUGCCACUCGCUGUACCAAGUGCAAUAAGGUGAUUACUUCUGGAGGCGUGACUUACAAGAACGAGCCGUGGCACCGUGAGUGCUUCACAUGCACACACUGCAACACGUCCCUGGCAGGGCAGCGUUUUACCUCCCGUGAUGAGAAACCGUAUUGUGCAGAAUGCUUUGGAGAGCUCUUUGCUAAGCGUUGCACAUCGUGCAGGAAACCAAUCACUGGUAUUGGUGGCACCAGAUUUAUUUCCUUCGAAGACCGUCACUGGCACAACGACUGCUUCGUGUGUGCUACUUGCAAGUCAUCUCUUGUGGGCCGUGGAUUUAUAACCGACGGCGAUGAUAUUAUUUGCCCAGAGUGCGCAAAGCAAAAGCUGAUGUAAUUGUAUUGGAAAAAGCCUUCUCAGAAAGUGCCUGAAAAAUAAACUUAAUAAUUGCCUUAAAGUAAUAUAAUAUAUUCACUUUGAAAUAUAGGCAUUAAUAGGCAAUGACUUUAAAUUAGCGUAACAUCAAGGCUUAUGACAAGUAUCUAAACUUUUGAAAAACUACUUACACACUUCUUAUACAAAUAAAGCAUAGCAAACAGGACUCUAACAAAAUAGAAAUAUGUAUAACAUUUAUUUUACGUUUUUUAUUUAUAGAUGAAUUAUUUAAUUUUUAUUUAAUGUACUAAAAAAAAUUAAUUUUCACAUCUACAAAAUAAUACUUGUAUGUUACUUUUUUAAGAUGCACGUAAGAGCUUUAUCUUACACGAAUAUACAAUCUGACUUAGCUGACGUAAGGAAUGAACAAGCUUGAGCUUUAAGAUCUUUUGCUGAAAAAUGUGAAUUUUUAUCUUAUAUCACUAGUGUGGAAGGAAUUCACUUUAUACUAGUUUGAUAUAUUAAAAAAAAGUCUGUAAAAUUAUAGUUCCAAGUCUGUCUAAGUCCAGUGCUAUCUCUUUUCCCGACUCCGGUGCUUUGCUUAAUUAUAUAUUUACACAAGCAGGAUUUUAUUGCCUUUUUAUUUUUCCUAAUUUUGACUUGUGCCCUGUGUUAAAUUUUGAUUUUGGCCCGUCUCCACAGUGAUCAAUAUAAUUAUAUUUAAAUAAGAAACACACAAAUUCAUAUUUUACAAUGGUGACUAUCUUAAUUCAGGUUGUGAUGAUGUCUUCUGCGAUCAUGUACUUUUUCGGGCAUUUAGUUUUUAUUGAUUAAAUACAGAGCCAAACUUAAAUAAGAGAUAAAAGUUUUCCGCAAAGUCAUAAAUAUAAUAUCAUAACAAUAUAUUAUGUGCAUGUGAUGCAUUUGUUCAUUGGUAAACACAGUUUACACUGGAAAAGUCGCCUGCCUUCUUAUCAUAAUUUAAAUGGAGGCCUUUUAAGAUGAUAAUCAUAUAGAGAGUGAGGAUUGUUAAAGGCAAUGUUACUUAAAACGAGACUUCCAGUAAAAUUUUAUGUAUGUAAAAUGUAAUUGCCGAAAGCGUUUCACUUACUCGAAUGUUGUAUGUAUAUCAAUGUUUAAAUAACAUUACCGAUAGUAUGGAUUGUCUUUCUUAACAUGCAAAUAUAAAAACCCUUAUAUUCUGAAUAUUAAUGUUGUGUGGGAAACAAGAUUUUAAGAGCUUAGCAAUCUCAUUUUUACUAUAAUCGCUAAAAAAAACUGUGCUUUUACUUUGUGCAAUUGAUCUUGAUCUGGUGAGGGGCACACUGUUACUGUUUAGUCGAAUUUGUGUUUAUUUCCAUCACAAGUAAUAAAGAAUGCCUCUGAUUGCCAGGUUAUGUCAAUAUAAGAGGCAGAAGUGGUCUGUAA